UGGAUUAGUAGCAGGUGCGUGACAACUUUCUCUGUAUUCGGUGCUGUGUACUCGUCUCUGUGGUCAUUUCGAUUCGUCUCUUCCUCGGUUCUCUCUAGAUGCAUUGUCACUUUUCUUUUUCCCUACGUACAACCAACGCUCUCCUGUUUUGGACGCCAGGUACAAUAUUGAGUUCGGUACGAGCCGUGAGAGUGGUGCAUGUUGCUGUUGUUGCUCAUACCAACAGGCACAAUCGCAUCGGUGGCGAGCCUUUCGACGGUGAUGCGUUCCGCAGACGCCCCUCCCUUGAUCAAGCGUUCCACCAGCAAAUCCUGGCGACUCGUCCACCUGGCAUCGACGUUCACGUCCUCGUUGCUGCUCAUAGUGACGACGAUAUUGUCGGAAAGAAGCGCCGCCGCUUCCAGGGCCCGCUCCGCAAGUUCGUCGAUGCGUGCUUUCCAGGACAUGGAUGUAUUCGAAACGCGAUCCCCGUCGACGUGUUGAAAACUGCCGUAAUCCUCAUUCGCGGGCAUGUUGCCUGACCGACGGGCAGAACAGAUCGGGGAAAUUGAAUUUUACGACGGAGAUCGCAAGAGAGUGUUAGUUAUAUGCUCGGCAUCGACAUCCAGAUAUGCGUGUCACUCGAUGCCAUGCAAUUCCGUAACACUGCGGUCAAACAUUGUGCCUUACUAUUUCCAUUUGAGGGAGUUAUUAGAUAGACAAAAUUCGCAGACCAAAUUCGACCCCGACGAGUAGUUUUUGCAUUGCUGCUGACGCUGCUCCCUUGGGGUUCGUCGCUGUGCAUGGAUCUAUUGUUCAUUAUAUUGGUGCCUAUMGUCGGGAUGGGGUAUCUUCUGGCUUGAAACUUGCGUUGAGUGAAAGUCAUACAGAAUUUUUCCAUACUCACUCAACGACACAAUUAGGAACGAUCGUUGACGAUGCUCGUUCGCAGACUAGAGAGAAUUACGGUAUGUUAUCGACUUCAUGAUUUUCGUGUCAGCAGAAUUUGUUCCUUUUACGAACUUCCCAUAAAUACUACGCAGAACCGGGAGUGUUCAGUUGACUGCCGUAGAUAUCAUCUGUCCCAUAUUUUUGUCUGUUGCAAUCCAAAUAAAAUUCUUCCCAAAAAUUGGUGAACAUUUAACUUAAGCCUGACUUAAAGUAAUGUUUCUUAUGAACUCUGUCGAGAUUCCCUCCUUGUGAGGAUGACCAAAACACAAGUAUCGUAGCUACUAGUGAUUGAAAAUGGUGUGUGCUUGUACGUUGUCGUACGUUUAGAGCUCAAAACAAGUACGACUAGUAAUGCAGGUCCGUACGUUGCCGGUUCCAUAAAAUUUCAUGAUUAUUUAUCAAUCGUUUUGAUCAUUGUAGUCAAACAACUUGAAUCUCGAACUUGACGAUUCUUCCAUGUGAUAAGUACGAGUACUCGUAACUGGUACUCGUACGCGCCGUACGUACAGCAAUUAUGAAAUGAAGAACUACAGUACGUACGUAUUACGAGUACGAGUAGUAUUGGUUUGUCAUCGAUUCUUGCUAUCGCAACGCAGUAGUACGUACGCGCCGAUACGGGGACUCGUAUGAGCAUGAUUAUCUCCAAGAAUCACAUUGUUGUAAUCAGAAAUCAGAAUUGGGAUUACCAUAACUCGUACGAGUACUGUCAAGCCUGCUCACCACGAAUGAAAACGACAACAGCACGGGCCGGACACGCGAAAUCUAUGUCUUGCACACACAUAAUAUUGUGCCAACCCCAGCCAUGCGUAUGAGUACGUAGUACGCUCCUUACGUUCUCUCGUGGUAUGUGCCGACAAAAAAUGUUCCUCCAUCUUCUUUUCUAAAUUUGUCGUAGAACUAAUACUACGUAAUACAGUAGCAAUGGUAAGUUAUCGGUACAACUCUUACAUGUUACAAGUACAUGUAGUAAUUGUGGAGGUACCGUACUUACCGUAAAACUGUAAUAAGUAAUAAAGGAAUAUUUACCGCGUCCAAUCUUCGAAUCAAUCUUUUAUUUUGAUCCGAAAUUUCCGUUGUGAGAUCGGGUUUCAAUGAACGGAAAUUUUCCUAAGACUUGCGAUUUCAGCAUAUUGUGUGAACGUGCUUGCAUCUAAAUGAAACAGAUUGUAGCCACAACAGCAAUAAAUGAACAUGCUUAAUUAGCAGGAUUUUUGUCAUAAACAUCCAACACCAAUCAGACAGUAAAGUACUUUAUUAUAUAUCUUCGCACUUCCUAACACACUCAAAGAAUUUUCUUCGAAAAACUGUUUAUUUACAACAAUCUGCUCAAGUUCCAGUACGUACGGCACCUUACAAUUCUGACGACAGUAGCUUCGUGUCGCAAGAUAGAAUAUCCAUAUCCUAACACCUCAUUUUCCAAGGAUCAAGGCAAAAAAAUGAUGAACACGAUGAAAACUUCCUUCCUCGCUGUAGCCAUGUUGAUGUGCGUCUCGUACAUCCAUGCAUCGGUAGUAAUCGAAGGCGACAGCGUACGAAGUGUUGGCAAACCUUACUACAGAUUCGAAGCGUCUUCUCACGAGGAUCGCAACUUGAAGGAGCGCAACCUGAAGAAAAGCAAAGGAGACAAGAGCAAGAAAGGAAAGGGAAGCAAAUCCAACAAGGGUGCCAAGUCCGACAAGAAAUCCAAAAAGAAAUCCAAAAAGGGCGUCACGGAAGAGCCAUCCGCCGCUCCAUCUGCGGCCCCAUCCGCGGCUCCUUCCGCAUCUCCAACAGCGGCCCCAACAGGUGCUCCAACUGGUUCCACAACCGUCUCUUCCACCGCGACUUCUUCUCAAGAAGGAAGCACUUAAUUUUGAAUGGAAGCCACAACUGUCAUGGCUGCGAGUGCACCGCGAUACUCUGAUCGGAGCGAGAUCAAAUUAACAUCUCUAUUGCAUCCGUCGUGUUUUGCAGUAAUCCUCCGGCAUCAAUCAAGUCUUUGGAUCUUUGGAUCAUAGUGUGUAAAAUCGUUUUUAGUCUUAAUGUUAACAUAUUG